AUGAAUGGUUCAACGCCAGAAUCCUGGCAGAGCAAGGUUGCUAGAAAGCAGCAGGCAGUCAAAGCAAACAUUCCGAAGGAAUGGCUUAUCCCCUCACGUGUCGAUGUUUCAUCAAUUGUACUCGAAAUUCCACGUAGUUGUGGGCUUCUGACCAAGAAAGAGUUGUAAAUCACAGAAUCUCACGAUGCGAAAACUCUCUUACACCUAUUAUCCACUGGUACCUUGACGUCUUCAGAGGUGACGACUGCUUUCUGUAAGAGGGCAGCUAUUGCUCAACAAUUGGUAGUUUCCCACAAGGAUCAUUUUCUGACCCCCUUGAUUUGAAACAUAUUAAUGGCGAAAUAACAGACAUCAUGUCUCACAGAGAUCAUGUUCAAUUACGCAGAGGAAAGAGCGGCCUUUUUGGACAGAUAUCUUGCCAUCAAUAAGAAGGUUCUCGGACCCCUCCACGGGCUUCCAAUAAGUCUCAAAGUAGGCAAACUUGAAAAGUUGAAAUUUGCCAUUCUAACACAAUUGCAGGAUUCCUUUAACGUUAAAGGGUUUCAAACUUCUAUCGAAAUCGUUUCUUUCCUCGAUCGUGAACCAGCCCAAAGUAACUCGGUGCUGGUCGAUACUCUUCUCGAUCUAGGUGCUGUUCUAUAUGUCAAGACCAAUGUUCCACACGCAGUGCUGGUAAGUCCUGAACCCAUUUGAGAGAUCUUACUACGAAUUCCAAAGACUGCGGAUUCUCCCAACAAUAUUUUUGGAAGAACACUCAAUCCACGAAAUACGUCUCUUACGGCCGGAGGCUCUAGCGGUGGCGAAGGGGCCCUCAUCGCACUUCGAGGAUCUGUACUUGGCGUAGGCACUGAUCUUGCAGGUACGUUAUUAUGUUCACGUAAGGCUAGCUUACCUAACAAAAGAAAGGCUCAAUUCGUACACCUUCUCUAUACUGCGGUGUUUAUGACUUCAAACCAUCUUCUGGAAGAAUUCCAUGGGCUGGUCAAGCUAUCCCUGGAGCAAAAGGAGUCGUGGGAAUAUCGGGAAUUCUUCCUAGCGCAGGACCAAUGGCAAAUUCUCUGACCGACAUCCAACUUUUUAUGUCAACAGUUUUGGGUUCGAGACCUUGGUUGGAUGAUUCUGCUGCACAUGCCAUACCCUGGAGGAGCGAAGAUCUUAAAGAAACCCCACUCACAAUCGGAAUACUUGCUGAAGACCCAAUGUUUCCUCUUCACCCCCCGAUCCGGCGUGCUAGUAAGUCUUUUCCCCGUUGAAAGUCUUAUCAUCAAUUUGCAUGAAUCUAGUCACACUCUUUCAGUCACAGGACUUACUAAAAUCUAUCCAGUCAAAAAGGCCAUCCAAAUAAUUUCCGCUGCCGGUCACAAAGUGAUAGAACUCGAACAUGAGGAAUCGACAAGGGCAUCUAUAGGUGGCCGUCUAGCCAUUGAAGCAAUGAUCCUAGACCCAUCUAUGACCUGCAUAAAGAACAUCAUGGUAAGCGGGGAACCCAUGGUCCCAUCUCUCCUCCGCGGGACACGUCGAAGAGCCGAGAAAGACCCCAAGACGUACGGAGUUCUCGAAAUCGCAGCCAUGGACCUUGAGAUACGUGCCUAUAAAGAAGCGUGGCGGGAACUCUUUAAGCAUCAGAAAUUGGAUGUGGUUCUUGGUCCUGCAUCUCAACAUACGGCAAUUUAG